ACAGGGGCUGGCGAUCGGCCGCGGAGGAGCGCGCUGGGUCCGGGUUGGCGCCUUGUCUCUGCAACGCGCUGACUUGGUCGCCGUCACCGCUCGGGACCCGGACCAGCACACCGCCGCGGCCACCUCCACCAAAAGAUCGGACUUCUCUCUGCGAACUACAGUCCAGCGCGCCACUAAGGCACCGCACAUCCUCACACCCACCGGGCUCACUUCAGCACACCAGCAUCUGGUGGUGUCUUACAUCGUUUGUCAGCGAGUUGGACAACCAGCCACAGUAUGCGCCGGAAAACAGAAGUUUAUUCUGUAGAGCUCAAUGGAACUAAAGAUGUCGAGCCGGCAGAUCAGAGAGAUGACAAAAAGUUCAAGGGAGUGAAGAACAAAGACUCAGAACCCAACAAGAAUCAUGAGAAGGAGGAGCUGAAGAAAGAACUUGAUCUGGAUGACCACAGACUAAGUAACACAGAAUUGGAACAGAAAUAUGGUACAAACAUCAUCCAGGGUCUCUCCAGUAUCAGAGCUACAGAGCUCCUGGCUCGAGAUGGGCCCAACGCCCUUACCCCUCCCAAGCAAACUCCAGAGAUUAUCAAGUUCCUCAAACAGAUGGUGGGGGGCUUUUCCAUCCUUCUGUGGAUAGGUGCUGCCUUGUGCUGGAUCGCAUAUGUGAUCCAGUAUGUCAACAAUACGGCAUCCCUAGACAAUGUCUACUUGGGCGCCAUACUUGUCCUGGUUGUUAUUUUAACGGGGGUUUUUGCUUAUUACCAAGAAGCCAAAAGCACCAACAUUAUGGCCAGCUUUAGUAAGAUGAUCCCCCAGCAAGCACUUGUCAUCCGAGAUUCAGAAAAGAAGAUCAUUCCAGCAGAGCAGCUGGUGGUGGGGGAUGUUGUAGAGAUUAAAGGAGGGGACCAGAUCCCUGCAGACAUCAGACUGGUGUUUUCCCAAGGGUGCAAAGUAGAUAACUCCUCUCUCACUGGGGAAUCUGAGCCCCAGGCUCGUUCAACUGAGUUUACCCAUGAAAACCCCUUGGAAACUAAGAACAUAGGCUUCUAUUCUACAACGUGUCUGGAAGGUACGGCAACUGGCAUUGUCAUCAACACGGGUGACCGCACCAUCAUCGGGCGCAUAGCCUCCUUGGCUUCAGGCGUUGGGAGUGAGAAGACGCCCAUUGCCAUUGAGAUCGAACAUUUUGUCCACAUUGUGGCAGGAGUGGCUGUAUCCAUUGGCAUCAUUUUCUUCAUCACCGCAGUGUGCAUGAAGUACUAUGUCCUUGACGCCAUCAUCUUCCUCAUUAGCAUCAUUGUGGCCAAUGUGCCAGAGGGCCUUUUGGCUACUGUCACUGUUACCCUGUCACUGACAGCAAAAAGGAUGGCUAAGAAGAACUGCCUGGUAAAGAAUCUGGAGGCAGUGGAGACUCUCGGCUCCACCUCCAUCAUCUGUUCAGAUAAGACAGGGACCUUGACCCAGAACAGGAUGACUGUGGCUCACUUGUGGUUUGACAACCAGAUAUUUGUGGCUGAUACAAGUGAAAACCAGACAAAACAAGCCUUUGACCAAAGCUCUGGAACCUGGGCUUCCUUGUCCAAGAUAAUGACACUGUGUAACCGAGCAGAGUUCAGACCAGGCCAGGAGAAUGUCCCCAUCAUGAAGAGAAUUGUGGUUGGGGAUGCCUCAGAAACUGCUCUGCUAAAGUUCUCAGAGGUUAUUUUGGGUGAUGUGAUGGAAAUAAGGAAAAGAAACCACAAAGUGGCUGAAAUUCCUUUUAAUUCUACCAACAAAUUUCAGGUCUCCAUACAUGAAACAGAGGACCCUAAUGACAAACGCUUCCUCAUGGUGAUGAAAGGGGCCCCCGAGAGGAUCUUAGAGAAGUGCAGCACCAUCAUGAUCAACGGCCAGGAGCAGCCACUGGACAAGAGCUCUGCUGAUGCCUUCCACACAGCCUACAUGGAGUUGGGUGGUCUGGGCGAGCGUGUGUUGGGUUUCUGUCACCUCUACUUACCAGCAGAUAAGUUUCCCCAAAGCUACACAUUUGAUGUAGACUCCAUAAACUUUCCCACUUCCAACCUCUGUUUUGUGGGGCUUCUGUCCAUGAUCGAUCCUCCUCGGUCUACUGUGCCAGAUGCAGUCUCCAAAUGUCGGAGUGCAGGGAUCAAGGUUAUCAUGGUCACAGGUGAUCACCCUAUUACAGCCAAAGCUAUUGCCAAGAGUGUAGGAAUCAUAUCAGCCAACAACGAGACAGUGGAAGACAUCGCAAAACGCCGCAAAAUCGCUGUGGAGCAAGUCAACAAAAGAGAAGCGAAAGCUGCUGUGGUGACUGGCAUGGAACUGAAGGACAUGACCCCAGAACAACUGGAUGAGCUUUUAACCAACUACCAAGAAAUAGUAUUUGCCCGGACAUCACCCCAGCAAAAGCUGAUCAUUGUGGAGGGCUGUCAGAGGCAGGAUGCAGUUGUUGCUGUGACAGGUGAUGGAGUGAACGACUCUCCAGCACUAAAGAAGGCAGACAUCGGGAUUGCUAUGGGGAUAGCAGGUUCUGAUGCUGCUAAGAAUGCAGCUGACAUGGUCUUGCUAGAUGACAACUUUGCAUCUAUAGUCACAGGGGUGGAAGAAGGUCGCCUGAUCUUUGACAACUUGAAGAAAACCAUUGCUUACACCUUGACAAAGAACAUUGCAGAGCUCUGUCCUUUUCUGAUCUACAUUGUUGCUGGGCUCCCCCUGCCUAUUGGCACCAUCACUAUCCUAUUCAUCGACCUGGGCACAGAUAUUAUCCCCUCCAUUGCCUUGGCCUAUGAGAAAGCAGAAAGUGACAUUAUGAAUAGGAAACCUCGCCACAAGAAGAAAGACAGACUGGUGAACAAGCAGCUGGCCAUCUACUCUUACCUUCACAUUGGUCUCAUGCAAGCCCUGGGAGCUUUCCUGGUCUAUUUCACUGUCUAUGCACAGCAGGGCUUUUGGCCCACCUCUCUCAUCAACCUGAGGGUAGCAUGGGAAACAGAUGACAUAAAUGACCUGGAAGAUAGCUACGGGCAGGAAUGGACAAGGUAUCAGAGAAAAUACCUGGAAUGGACAGGCUCAACAGCUUUCUUUGUUGCUAUCAUGAUCCAACAAAUUGCAGAUCUGAUCAUCAGGAAAACUCGGAGGAAUUCCAUCUUCCAGCAGGGGCUCUUCAGAAAUAAAGUCAUCUGGGUGGGGAUUGCCUCACAGGUCAUUGUCGCGCUGAUCCUAUCCUAUGGCCUCGGGAGUGUCACAGCUCUAAGCUUUACUAUGCUCAGGGUUCAGUACUGGUUUGUGGCUGUACCGCAUGCCAUUUUGAUUUGGGUGUAUGAUGAGAUGCGAAAGUUGUUCAUCAGGCUCUACCCUGGAAGCUGGUGGGAUAAGAACAUGUAUUAUUGAGACCAUGUCACUCACAGAUCUCCCAGUGGCAUAUCAGAGAUGUUCUUCUUCAUGCCUGGCUACUUCUUAGGAGAUCUCUGCACAAUGUGAACGCUACUGAACCCCAUACAAGAGAUACUUUUGUACAGAAAACUGUAUGAAGCAUACUUAUGUUUUAUACUUUAAAGCUGAGAUUUAACUGUUUAUAUAGAAUUUGCAUCUCUGUGUCUGUCUCCUUAUUUUAAAUUAUGUGAAGUUCAAAUAUCAGCAUAGGGAAGAAUAUAUUUGUAUGUAUAUAAAGGUCACUGUGUUAAAUAGCCUUGUGUGUCUAAGGCGUGUGCUGGGGUCUGCUUUAAGCUAGGACAUGAUUCCUCAGGCCUCAUUUUCUUACCCUCACAGAGGCCCAACAGACCCCCUAAGUCUAGCAAGCUACCUUUUUGUUUGCUGGAGUUUAUUAACCUCAGCAAAGAGUACCAGUGACUUAAGUGCUAAUAUUUAUUUCUAGUAAAACAUUGCCAAGCCCUCUGCAGCCAUCAUUUUAUGUCAGUCAUGUUUUAUUGUAACUGUUAGAUGUGUUCAUGUGUGACGUGUAUGACUAUGUUGACAGGUCCAGUGAGGCCUUGUUUUUAAGUAAAAGAUGUUUUCUAAA